UAAUCUCGAUUGGAAUUAAGCAACCAAUGUACAAAAUGGAAAUAUGGUUCUUCAUAAUCAUCACAUUUUGCAUCUCUGCCUUUCUCAAAUCUGUGUUCAACUAUUUCUUCAACUCCAAGAAACACAGACUACCUCCAGGUCCUGUUAACAUCCCUAUCAUCAGCACCAUUUUAUGGCUCCGACGACAAUCCAUUUUGGAGCUCGAAACAUUCGUCCUCUCUCUCCACAAAAAGCUCGGCCCUGUGAUCACCUUCCAACUCGGUUCACGCACUACUAUCUUCAUAGCCGAUCGCUUUCUUGCCCACCAAGCCUUAGUCCAAAACGGAGCAGUUUUCGCGGACAGACCACAAGCUACUGCUACUAAUAAUAUUACCUCCAGCAAUCAACAUGUUAUAAGCGCUGCGUUUUACGGUCCGACUUGGCGUCUCCUUCGCCGGAAUCUUACGUCGGAGAUUCUUCAUCCUUCGAGGGUUAAGUCGUACUCCCAUGCUCGUAAAUGGGUGCUUGAAACCCUCGUAAACUGCUUGGAAUCGGAGUCGAAAUCUGGCGAGCCUGUUAGUGUUAUGGGUAGUUUUCAAUACGCUAUGUUCUCUUUGUUAGUUCUUAUGUGUUUUGGUGAUAAACUUGAUCGGACACAAAUUGAGGAAAUUAAAAGAGUAGAGCGGUCAACGCUUGUUAAUGCUCGGAGAUUCAUCAAACUGAAUUUCAUGCCAAAGUUGACCAAGAUCUUGUUUAGGAAACUGUGGUCGGAAUUCUUGCAGCUCCGGAAGGAACAAGAAGAGGUGUUGAUUCCUUUGAUAAGAGCAAGAAAAAAAGUUAAAGACGACCGAAAAAUCAAGAAUUCCGAUGACAAGCAUGUGUUAUGUUAUGUUGAUACCUUGUUUGAUCUUGAACUCACUGAAGAAAAUCAAAGAAAGCUUACAGAAAAUGAAAUUAUAAGUCUAUGCAAUGAGUUUCUCACCGCCGGUACGGAUACAACUUCCACAGCAUUGCAAUGGAUCAUGGCUAAUUUGGUGAAAUACCAAGAAAUUCAAGAUAAUUUAUAUUCUGAGAUUAAAGAAGUUGUUGGAGAUGGAGAAAAGGAAAUAAAAGAAGAGGAUUUGCAGAAGAUGAGUUAUUUAAAAAGUGUGAUUUUAGAAGGGCUAAGGAGGCACCCACCAGUACAUUUUGUAUUGACGCAUGCUGUGACUGAAGAUGUAGUUUUAGAUAAAUAUUUGGUACCUAAGAAUGUAAAUGUCAAUUUUAUGGUAGGAGAUAUGGGUUUGGAUCCGAAGGUGUGGGAGGAUCCGAUGGCGUUUAAGCCCGAAAGAUUUGUCGGGAGGGAUAACGAUGGAGAUGUGUUUGAUAUAACCGGAAGUAGAGAGAUUAAAAUGAUGCCGUUUGGUGUAGGAAGGAGAAUGUGCCCUGGAUUUGGAUUAGCAAUGCUUCAUUUGGAGUAUUUUGUGGCUAAUUUGGUUUGGAAAUUCGAAUGGAAACGCGUCGACGGAGAUGAUGUUGAUCUGUCUGAGAAGUCGGAGUUUACAAUUGUGAUGAAGAAUCCAUUGAAGGCUCACAUUUCUACCAGGAAGCAGGGGAUUACUGUGGUGAUGAGGAAUGUUUUGCAAGCCCAUAUGUCUGCAAGUUUAAACAGAGAUUUUGAACCUUUUAGUCUUGUCAAAUAUUUCAAUUUUACUUGUCAACCUGUUUCUAUAUGGUACAUGUUUUUGCAAGCCCAAAAAAGACUUAAUCCAUUAAAAGGGUAUGUUGUACUUCUAAUUUUUUUUUAUUUAUUUAGUUUAUUUUUAAAGUUUGUUAUUUAAUAUGUUUUUAUAUUAUUUAUUUUUAUUUGAUGGAUUCUUUUAUUGACGAA